GUUAUUUAAGGCGAAUGUUGAGUGUAGCUGAGCUGUCUUACUGCUUUGGACUGGAAGAAGUCUAGCAGAAGGUAUAUUCUAUGCUCACUGAAGCAUUCAUAAUGGAACCAGCUACAUCUCCGAAGAAAGUCUUCAUAUGCUUCCCUAAAGAAAACUUGAGGCGUUUUGCAGAAAUAUACGAACUGGACCAUGGACUGGUUGUUAAGAAUCUGAACCCUUAUAUAAAUGAGGGAUAUCUACAAGCUUACUUCCGAGAAUGGGGCAACAUAACAUUAUGCACGAUCCACAAGGACAACUCCUCUGGAAGCCCACAGGGCCUGGGUUAUGUCAGGUUUUCCUCUGAGGCAGAAGCCGACAUGGCAGACUGGGUUGGACCUCAUUAUAUAGGAGGCACCGAGGUGGCGACCAGGAGAGUUUACACCCCCAAGAGGAAAGAUGAACCAACGAGUGAACAGACAACAAUUAUCUCCAAGCAAAGACCACGACGAUCUAUGGGCCUUGGAUACCUUCUUGAAGAUGCUCAAUGGCUGGAUGACGAGGAAGAGAAAUAGACUGUGUCCCUUUUCCUAGUGAAUAAGUGAAUAAAAUAGUUAUGUUUAAGCACAGGGAUAUGUAUGUUUUUCAAAAAUAUUGAAAAGGCUUGUUUUUUUGUGUAUGGACAUGAUCACGUUGUAUAAAUAAUAUCAAGAAUUGCAGAUAAAUAACUUACGUUUAUUUUCAAAAUGUUAAUACAAGAAGUUGUAUUUGUAAUUGUAUAUCAUAUAUAUUCUGUAUUAAAAAAUAAAGUUAUUCAAUUCAC